UGAAAUUUGAAUAUAAUUUGAAUAUUUAACUAAAAUCAUUAUAUACCUACAUUGGCUUUCGGAAGAACUAUUAAUUAUAUUAGUUAAUGUAUUUGACUUCUUCACUUUAAUCGCUUUUUAAAAUCUGCAACUAAAUGUUGAGAAGAGAAAGAUUUCCACUUUACGUGCUUUUGAUUAUUUGCUAUUGUUCUUAUACAGAACAACAUCCCGAACACUACCUAAAUGAUAAAAGGCCGGUGUGUUUAACAGGAAUGGAAGAAACUGUGAAUCAGAGGAAAACUAGAAUGAUUGGAGGUUUUCCCGCGGCCGACAGAUUUGACCAAAUGCGAUUCGUGGCCGAGAUUCAUAUUCGUGGAAAGCAAAGCUGUCUUGCAUCUGUGAUUACCGAUAGACAUUUAUUAACAGCCGCUCAUUGUCUUUACGAUGAACCAGAUUUGUGCGAUAUCAUAUUAAUAAUUGGGGAUUUUGACAUUUCAACAACUGAUGAACUCACCCACGAAGUUCGAUUCAUAGAAUAUCUCAAACUUCAUCCGAAGUUUGAUGAGAAAAGAGCAAAUAAUGACAUCGCAGUUAUUGGGAUAGAUCCACCUGUUCAUUUAGGAAAAGAUAUAAAAGCCGCAGUUUUACCUCCUCUUGAUGCAAAGCUUCCUAUCGGAACAAUGUGCACCAUCUGGGGGUGGCAAGACUAUCCUUGGACUGGAUACAGAAACGACGCUAAGUAUAUUUUGCAUCGGGUUGACAUUCCACUUCUUCCCAAAAAGAGAUGUAGAAAAAAUUAUUCUUUCGUUAAUAAGACGAAACUUUGUGCCGGAGGAUUAAAAGGAAAGGACGUUUGUAAGGGUGAAUCUGGAGGUAGUCUUCUUGUUUGGAUUAAUGACUAUUAUGUCAUUUGCGGAAUCGUUUCGGCUGGAAUUGGAUGUGGAUGGGAAGACGUACCUGGAAUUUAUGCUGAUGUGUCUAGAUACACUGAAUGGAUAUAUGAAAAUACCAAGGAUGCAGCCUGUAAACCAAGCAUACAUCCAAAUGAGACUUAUCCGCGGAAAUCUAUGAAAAAAAAAGUUUCGAUUACACAACAAUUUAUAAAUGAAAAUAAAAAUAAUUAAUUAUCAAGAUUAAAUAUAUCGUGUAGAAUUUAUAGGCCAACACGAUUUAUUGUUUCUGAAUUUACGCAAAAUAUUCGAUCAAUGUUAUUUUUUUACACCAUUGAAUACUGCAUAAAUUAAGUCUGUCGGUGUAAAAACAACAUUAAUUUUGUAUAUAAACGUUUAUUCUAAAUUACCUUUUAAUAGAAUGUAGCGAAUUAAGAGUAUUAUUGAGUAAAUUUGCACCUUAGAAAAUUAAAGAAACAAUAUUUUUUAUAUUCGACUCAUGCAAAACAAAAGGUUGGAAUCCCUCCUGUUUAUAAUAGAUAUUCGUUGUUCUGUACGAACAGCAGAAGUGAAGUUG